AUGGAAAAGGCUUGGAAGUCUGAGCAGGAAAAACAAGAAGAAAGUCUUGAACGAAAGAUGAUCGCAAUGUUGGAACUGUCCAUGAAAACCACCUUCAUUGGCACGAGCCUGAGCUAUGACAACUUGUGCAUGCGUCCAAAUUUGGAUUUGCCCAAAGGCUUUAAGGUGCCACAUUUUGAGCUAUUUAAUGGGAUAGGUAAUCCGAAAGCAUAUAUAUGGGCCUACUGUGACCAAUUGGUCGGCGUCCGAAACAACCAAGUGCUCAUUAUGAAGCUGUUCACCCAAAGUUUGACCGGAGAAGCCUCGGAGUGGUUCACGACGCAAGACAGAUGCCGUUGGAUCACAUGGGAAGACAUGGCUGCGGCCUUUAUGGAAAAAUUCCUCUUUAACAUGGAAACGACACUGGAAGGGUACUAUUUAGAAAAGGUCAAACAGAAAUCCACUGAAAACUUCCGCGAGUACGCAAGUAGGUGGAGAAUAGAAGCUGCUCGGAUACAACAGCCAACGGGCGAGAAAGAAUUAGUGUUGGUCUUCAUCCGUUCGCAAGAAAUAGACUUCUAUGACAGAAUGCUUUCAAUUUCCAGAAGACCGUUGUCUGAACUGGUCAAAAUGGGAGAGGCCGUAGAAGAUGGUCUCAAAACAGGCCGAAUCAUAAGUAUGAUCGAAAAGUCCAUUGGGUCAAGCUCAACCGAGUUUAUAAAGAAGCAAAAGGGUGGCAAUCAUAUCCCACACUCCUAG